AUGCUACGUGGAGGUCGACACUGCCUUUCUUCAUUUUUCUCUGGCUCUGGUCGACGCCAUCAAAGUCAUGGUUUACAUUACCCGAAGCUCUACCAAAACACCCACGAACUCCAACAACGAGACAACCGGAAAGUCCUGGAAUUCUACCAGAGUGCCUUGUCGAGAGAGAUUGCGAAAUCGGAAGGCUCACAAGUGCUGGAUAUCGGCUGCGGAAGUGGCGACACGACCCAUAAGACUCUACGACCCCUGAUGGUGGAUGACUUCGGGUGCCGACGAAUCGUGGCGACAGACAUCUCAACUUCAAUGCUGGACUAUGCUCGUGGAGCCUACCCUCAUAGAGCCAUCAGCUACGACGUUUUCGACGUCAGCUCUGCGGACUCAGCCCAGGAACUGGUCUCUCGCUACGGCCAUUUUGAGUUUGUCUUCUCUUUCUACACGCUGCACUGGGUGCGUGACUUGGCCGGGGCUUUGGCAAACGUGCGUCGGGUGAUGCUACCGCAGGGUCAACCUUCCGAAUGUCUCUUGUCGUUUCUGGCCCUGAAUCCAGCCCUGCUCGUAUACCGCAUCCUUGGAAAAGACUCCCGUUGGGCAAAAUACGUUGAAUCGACUACAAUUCCAUUCGGGGAAAUAUACACUCAAGAGAGUCUGCAGCAAAUGGCGGAGAGCUGUGAUUUGAAGCUCCGCAGUUGCGAAGUUCUCAGCAUGGAGUUCGGUCACGCGAGUCUCGAGAAGCUCCGAGAUUCAGCGGUCGCCGUAUGCCCAAUCCACAGGACCAUCCCGGCCGAGCAGAGGAACGAUUUUGAGAAAGAUCUCGUGAAGAGCUAUCUCGAAAUCAGCGGAGGGAGCGAAAUUUUCAACUACCAGAUCGCGGUCCUGCACGCCCGGAGCGAUUGA